AUGGUGAGCCAUGCCCGCUGCGGUGGCUCCACAGGAAGGGAAGAGCCCGGCUCUCCUUGCUCUUCCCGCUGCCGGCGCCAGGUGUCGGCAGGCGGCGCGGGCACGGCGUGCAGGAGCGCCCCGCUCCCAGCCUGCGCUCCCAGCUCCCGCCGCUCCCAGCCUGCGCUCCCCGCUCCCAGCCUGCGCUCCCCGCUCCCAGCCUGCGCUCCCAGCCUGCGCUCCCAGCUCCCGCCCGCUCCCAGCCUGCGCUCCCAGCUCCCGCCCGCUCCCAGCCUGCGCUCCCCGCUCCCAGCCUGCGCUCCCAGCCUGCGCUCCCAGCUCCCGCCCGCUCCCAGCCUGCGCUCCCAGCUCCCGCCCGCUCCCAGCCUGCGCUCCCAGCCUGCGCUCCCCGCUCCCAGCCUGCGCUCCCCGCUCCCGCCGCUCCCAGCCUGCGCUCCCAGCCUGCGCUCUCCGCUCCCGCCGCUCCUAGCCUGCGCUCCCAGCCUGCGCUCCCCGCUCCCAGCCUGCGCUCCCCGCUCCCGCCGCUCCCAGCCUGCGCUCCCAGCCUGCGCUCUCCGCUCCCGCCGCUCCUAG